AUGACAACUACCUGGAUGUUGCAAGAAGAAACAGCCUGUCAACUGAGACACAUUUUAGCAUCUUUACCAAUUCAAAUAAACAAGGAGCAGCUGGAGGAGUAUCGUGCUGGUCUGGACAUAGAGGAGGGCUGGAUACUGGUGUGUAAACACACAGAAGGUGGAGACAGGCUUGUGCCAGUGGAAUCUCCUGACACUAUCAGCCGACAACAGCAGCUGUUUGGAUAUGACCACAAGCCUUGUAGCAGGUGGGAGCAGGUGGUGGAUGUGGAAAACUGCUUACACAUGGGUGUCAAACCCAAGGUGGCAGAGCCGGACGAGGGCGCUGUUCGAAAGCUGAGGUAUGUACCUCCUACGUGGACGUUUGAAUGCGAUGAGGACCUUGUACACUACUUCUAUGACCACAUUGGGAAAGAAGAUGAAAACCUUGGCAGUGUGAAGCAAUGCGUGACCAGCAUUGAUGUGUCUUCUAGUUCGGAGGACCCCAGUGGGGGUGCAAGCUGCCUGACAGAUGGAGACACUGAGACCUACUGGGAGAGUGAUGGCAUGCAGGGACAGCACUGGAUCCGGCUGCACAUGAAGAGAGGCACUGUGGUCAACAAACUGAUAUUAACAGUGGACUCAACAGAUGAUAACUACAUGCCCAAAAGAGUGACUGUUUAUGGUGGAGAGGGAGACAAUCUCAAGAAAUACAGUGAUGUAGCAAUAGAUGACAACUUAAUUGGAGAGGUUUGUGUUCUGGAGGACAUGACAUCACAUUUGCCUGUUAUAGAGAUCAGAAUCGAGGAAUGCAGAGACGAGGGAAUCGAUGUACGGAUCAGGGGUCUAAAGAUCAAAUCAUCCUGCGAGCGUGACUUGGGCCUGAAUGCGGAUGUGUUCCAGUCUCCCAACCUAGUGCGCUACCCGAGGUUGGAGGGCACACUGCCUGAUGUCCUCUAUCACCGGGCACUGGUCAUUCAGAGGUUCAUCACACUCCUGGACAGUCUGUUGCCUCAUAUGGUGCCUGCAUGGGACUACAGCCUUGGAACGUUCAACCAGAUCAAAAGCAUAAAGCAGUUCCUGCUGUUGUCGAAGCGCCGCUCUGCCCUCAUCACCCAGUGCUUGAAGGACUCUGAGACCAGUAAGCCUAACUUCAUGCCCCGCCUUUACAUCAACCGUCGCCUUGCCAUGGAGCACCGUGACAAUCCCACUCUGGACCCCACAUGUAAAAAUGCUGUCUUCACUCAGGUGUAUGAGGGUCUGAAGCCGUCUGACAAGUAUGAAAAGACUCUGGACUACAGGUGGCCAGCACGAUAUGACCAAUGGUGGGAGUGUAAAUUCAUUGCAGAAGGCAUCAUCGAUCAAGGUGGUGGUUUUCGAGACAGCCUGGCAGACAUGUCUGAAGAACUUUGUCCCAGCUCAUCAGAGUGCCCCAUGCCACUUCCAUUCUUUACACGAACUUCUAACCAGGGGGCUGGAGAGGCCAGAGACUUCUAUGUGCCAAAUCCUUCAUGCCGAGAGUUCCAAAAGUUUGAGUGGAUUGGGCAACUAAUGGGCGCUGCUCUUCGCGGAAAAGACUUUCUGGUUCUGGCUUUGCCAGGGCUGGUGUGGAAGCAGCUGAUUGGAGAAGCGGUCAGCUGGACUAAAGACUUUCCUGCAGUAGAUUCUGUGCUGGUGAAGUUGUUGGAGGCUAUGGAGCAUAUGGACAAGGAGACGUUUGAUUUUAAGUUCGGCCAGGAGCUUGUGUACACCACACCCCUGAGUGACGGCCGGCUGGUGGAGCUGAUUCCAGGAGGCAGUGGAGUGGUGGUCCGAUAUGAAGACCGCAUGGAGUUCAUCCGCCUGGUACAGAAAUCCAGACUAGAAGAGAGCAGAGAACAGAUUGCUGCCAUGCAGGCAGGACUGGUGAAAGUGGUGCCGCAAGCUGUGCUUGAUCUCCUGACAUGGCAGGAAGUGGAGAAGAAAGUGUGUGGAGACCCAGAGAUCACAGUGGAGGCCCUUAAACGCCUCAGUGAGUCAUACAGCAGCUGACAUGAGCAUUAAAUU